AUGUUAGAAUACGAUAUUAGUUCUUAUCAAUAUAAAAUGGUCAAGUGGUUGGCGAACAUAAUCAUUAAUCGUAAUGAUGAUAAAAUAAUCUUAAGGCUCAUCCCACAAUCUCAAAAAGAUGAAUUGAGAUUUAGUCUGUACGCAGAAAUCACGAUCGGUAUUUAUAGUGAUAUAAUACGAAGAAUAAAUUUUGAUAAAAUGGAAGAAGAAGGGUUUAAAAAUGAUGUUAAU